AUGGACUCUUUGCCACUGGUCGGCGAUCGCAUCAGCUAUUCUGGACAUCUGGGCACUGUAAAAUUCAUCGGAGAGGUUGAGAACACUACAGGUGUCUGGCUCGGAAUUGAGUGGGACAAUCCCGACCGAGGCAAGCACGACGGCGUCAAGGAUGGCAAGCGGUACUUUUCUUGUAGAGUGCCGAACGCUGGCUCCUUCAUUAGGCCAUCUGCUCAAGUCAUAUGUGGUGUCUCGUUCCUUCAGGCUCUGAAAGCGAAAUACGUUGAACAGUUCCAUGGUUCCGCCUCUGAAGAAAAAGUAAUAUUAGGUUCCUCGAAUGGUGUAAUCGAGGUUAAAGCUGUAAAUUUGGACAAAAUAAGAAGCAAAUUUGCAAAUCUAGGGCGACUUCGUGAGGUCAGCCUCGAAAACGAACUAGUAUCGAGUGUCGAUGAAUCAGGACUCAUCCGUGAGACGUGUCCUAAUGUUCGCGGACUGGAUCUAUCCGCGAGUCUCUUCUCUACAUGGUGUGUAGUAGCAGAUAUAGCUGUCGAGCUUCCUGUAUUGCAAAGGCUAGCCUUGAAUCGCAACCGCUUCACCGAAAUGACUUUGGAUAGAUCGAAAAUGUCCACUUCAUUCCAGAGUUUGACAGAAUUACAGCUCAAUGGGUCAUUGAUUAGCUGGUGUGAAAUGCAGCAGGUCACCUCCUUCAUGCCCAGGCUAGUAUCGGUCGAGUUGGGCAGUAAUCGACUCUGUGAGUCGGAAUUUAGCGCGCCUGUUAUUACGCAUUCCCAGAUACGCAAUAUAAACCUGGAAGGCAAUAAAUGCAAAGUGUGGAUACGUAUAUGCCAAAGUUUAAGCACAUACGACCAACUAGAACGAGUCAUCUUGGCCUCUAACGAGAUCGACUCUAUUCCGCCUCCCGCACAUAACUCACUUGUAUUAAAGAAACUUGAGCAUAUAUCGCUCAGUUCGAAUAAUCUCAAGUCUUGGAAUGACUUGGAUGCGCUGUCGAUUUGGUGUCCUUCUCUGACCUCUCUCUCCGUGAUCGGAAAUCCUUUGGUUGAAAGUGGUGAUGAAAUACGAUACAGUCGUCCGUUCAUCAUUGCUCGAUUACCUGCUUUGUGCACCUUAGAUUCAACUGCGGUGUCUGCAAAAGAACGAACUGAUAGCGAGCUGUUCUAUCUUUCAUAUAUCUCUCAGCGAUUCAGCCUACAUGAGCCAGGGUUCGAAAUGGCUUCAUUAAUGAGGGAGCAUCCCCAAUGGGAAGCGCUAUCCAAAAAGCAUGGAACAGCCCUUUCAAUGUCUGCCAUAUCAUCUCAUCAAGACCGACUCAGCCGUAAAUUGAUUGACAUUCAAGUUCAGAAACAUUUCGCUUCCGCUCCUUUAGAGAUUGGUGAAUGGAUGGAUCCGACUACAUUACGGGUGUUACCUACUAUGUCACUCAAAGUGUUUGGACAUAAGAUUCGUAAGGCCUUGGAUAUCGAUAAAGAAUCAAAGACUUCUUUUUGGUUAAAGAUGAACGACGGAACCUGGGCAGAACUGUCCGACAAUUUUCAUGACCUGGACUGGUUAGGUUUGGAGACGGGUUCAAAAGUACUUUGUCGUGUAACAACAGCAUAA